GGUCUCUGGUCCGCGCCUGCAGAGCUCGGGGUGCGAGCUGCGCGCGGAUGCUGGAAGUCCACAUCCCGUCCGUGGGGCCCGAGACCGAGGGGCCCCGGCAGAACCCCGAGAAAGGCCACAUGGUGUUCCGAGUGGAGGUGCUGUGCCGCGGGCGCAGACACACCGUGCAGAGGCGCUACAGCGAGUUCCACGCGCUGCACAAGCGGAUCAAGAAACUGUGCAAAGUGCCCGACUUCCCCUCGAAACGCCUGCCCAACUGGAGGACCAGAGGAUUGGAGCAGCGGCGGCAGGGUUUGGAGGCAUACAUCCAGGGCAUUUUAUACAUGAACCAGGAUGUGCCCAAGGAACUACUGGAAUUCCUGAGUCUUCGGCACUUCCCCACAGACCCCAAGGCCAGCAGUUGGAGCACCCUGGGGGAGUUCCUGCCUGGCAACAGUAGCUCGCAGCUGUACCACCGGCCUGUCAUCAGCUUCCGUGUGGAUCCUUAUAUUUGCAUCCCAUCCCCAGAGCCGCUGCCCAGCGUGGUGGUGAGUGGUGUGCUGCAGGGCGUCUACGGCCUCAGUGCCAGCACAGCUACCGCCCAGCCGGAGGCUGCCUGUCCCCCAGCUCCGGUGCCACCGAUGCCCUGAGCAGCCCAGAGGCGUUAUCACAUGCCAGGAUAGUCAUGUGCCUCAGUCCUAUGAAAGGGACAUGGGCUGGAUCACCCUUGGCCUGGACCCAGGACUUACCCCUCUGCGCCCAGGGUCAGAACUCAGCUGCACUGAUGUCUGGGCUGGUAGAACUCCUGCACUCUGACAGCCCAGGGGCCGGGGCAGGGGCAGCAGAGAACAGGGAGUAAAGGAAGAAGUCACUGUAGAGGUAGGCUAUGAACAGAUGGGUGUGUUUCUCAGAAGAAUGGGGGAAGGGACACGCCAAGGUUGAUGCACAGUAGCUGGCCAGUGUGGGAGCAAGGAGCAAAAGCUCCUGCUUGUCUCGUGGUAGCACCUGGGGAAAGGGUUCAGACCGGAGCCCAAGGAGGGGACAGGCACCCCUCCCCCAGGAGACCUGCUGGGACGAGACUUGGGGGAGGUGCUGCAGGCCCAAUAACCCGUAAGCAGGUUAUAAAAAAACAUUUUUUUUUUUAUUGGUCAGUGUUGGUAGGAGUUUGUUACAAAACUGGGCCCCCGGGCCUGUGGAAUGUGACGGGAGGGUCCACUCCGUCCGAUGCCAGCACUAGGGCCGGUGCAGCGCGGAGCCCUGUGGCGGGCUGUCUUCGCCCCCAGGAGGGCAACAGGGCCACACAGACAGUUGCUCAAAGGGAGGAGGUCCCUGGGGCCCUACUCCUUGGCGAUGGCAAAGGGCUUCUCCACCUCGAUCUUGCCACAGUCUGCGAUUAUCACGUCCUUCAGAGGCUUGUCCCGACCGUCUGUCUUGGUGGUCUCCACCUUCCGCACUACCUCCUGGGAAGGAAGGCAGGUGCGUCAGGUUUGCGGCUCAAGGGAGACGGGCCCCAGCGCGUGGCCGGGUUGGACUGAGACCCCACCACGUGACAAACAACCUAGAAACCGUGAGGCACCACAAUCCUAAGGGCAUCGUGGCAGGUGCCAGCCCAGGGCAGGGAGAACCCAGAUUUGACAUCAGGAGGAUGCAGUAGUUUUGAUCCUUUGAAGUAGGACCUGGGUUGGGCUGAGGGUGAGGAGGAGUAAGAGGGUAGCUGGAAUGGGUACCCAGUGGCUUCUCAGGGACAGCGUGUUUGGCUGUGCCCUGUACAACUUCAGGUGGGGCCGGGGCAGGACUGAAUGUGAGUGAUGAAAUGGGGCCCCCUGGCCGGCCUCUCCCUGGGGCCUGGAAUGAUUUAGAACUUGGGGGAACAGAGAGGUAGGCCUUUUAUUCUCAUUUUUCCACACCCACCGUGCCCCCCAGUUUCCCCUCUGGGAAAGGGAUAAAAUACAGGGAUCCCCUGCUCUCGGGUCUGUCAGAUCCCUGGUGAGGGUUGCCCUCCCAAACUCACCAUGCCCUCCAGAACUUUGCCAAACACCACGUGCUUGCCAUCUAGCCAGGCUGUCUUGACUGUCGUGAUGAAGAAUUGGGAGCCGUUGGUGUCUUUGCCUGCGUUGGCCAUGCUCACCCAGCCGGGCCCAUAGUGUUUCAGCUUGAAGUUCUCAUCUGGGAAGCGUUCACCGUAGAUGCUCUUACCUGGGAGGAAAAAGUAGGUCCGGGGAGCUGGGUUAGCCCAAACCAAGCAGAUCUUUGGGGUGAGGAUUCUAGAGGCCCGGCCCAAGUCGGGUGGGGCACGAGGCCAGGGUGAUUUAGUGAACUGCUCACACGAGCAUCACUUUGAGAAUCUAGUUUCAUGGCUUUUAAAUAAGGCACAACUGAACAACUACCCUUGGCUGUGGCCUAAGAGGCCUGCCAUGGAGACAUCAGUGGAGAGAUGUUCUGUGCUGGAUGCAGGGGAGCUAAGAACUCUCCAGAAAAAAAGGACUGCUGUGGCUGACCAGCUUUUCUUCCUAAGAGCACAAAAGAUACUGAGGAAGCUCCAAAGCAGAAAGAGGGAUGAGCUGGGAAUGGCAAGGAGAAGCAAAAGGGAGGGAUGGCCAUUUGGGUCCUGGAAAGUCAAGAGCCUCUUAUCAACGAAUGCACCAAAAAUAAAAGGUGGCUCUGA